UCUCCGGCCGGAAAUCCAUCGGUCAUGUGACCGUUUCAAAAUGGCGUCGUCUCUCAAGGCCGGGCAGCCGCUGCGCCGCUUUUUAUCGAGCCCCGCGGCGAUCGGCCUUCCCGAAGCGCUGAGGGCGGAGCUGGCGGCGGCCCCGGUCGAGGGCGGCCUGCCUUUCGCGCUCCUCCGGAAGCUCCAACGGGCCCUGCGGGAAGAGGGCGCCCCGGCGGCCGGUUCUCCAGUGUAUCUUCAUGAACUGUUGGAAGGCAGUGAAAUCUUUCUCCCUGAAGUGACAGAACCACCCAGGAACCCAGAAUUAGUGGCCCGGCUGGAGAAGAUCAAAGCUCGGCUGGCGAAUGAGGAAUACAAGCAGAUGACGAGAAACAUCAACUGCCAGGAGCCGAACCCCCAUGGCACCCUGGCUGAUCUCGGCAGGCAAGUCAGGUCAGCCAAAGCCGUGACCGUCACCCUCAUCAACUUCCUCGUGACGGUGGGGGCCACCUUUGCCUGCGCCUUCCUGGGCAGCCAGUACUUCUUCACCGAGGCGGCGGCGCGGGUGAUUGCAGCCGUGAUCGCGGCCUCCGUGGUGGGCCUGGCGGAGCUGUACGUGAUGGUGCGGGCCAUGGAAGGGGAGCUGGGGCAGCUGUAGGCCCGGGCUGGGCUCCCAGAAGGCCCUGCGGACGGUCCCCGUGGCUCCUCCGUCGCUCCUCACCCCAGGGAGGUGGCAUCCGGAACCCCCACCUUCCACAGAUCCCCGAGGGGCCGCUCAGGAGGAAGGAGGGGCAGACCUCUGCCUUCCCCAGCCCUGUUGCUUCGCCAGGUGGGCCCCCAUCCACGCCUGCGCCCAGCGGCCUCCUCCCCACAGCCGCCUAGGGAGGGGCAGGUGGGGCAGAAAAGCCGCUUCCCCCCUUGGGGCUGCUGGCCCCAUCGAUCGCCAGAGGGAGGGAGCCCCUGCUCGGCCCCCUUUGUGGGACUUCUGGGGGGGGAAGGGCCUUGCCUGCUCAGCUGGGGGGGGGGGGUGUCUCCCCAUAACUUUGUGCUUCGGCUACCAAGUCCUGUUGCCCUGUGAUGACACUGGAUCUUUGUUGUGUGCAAUAAAAAGUAAGUGGCAAAACUGUUGUGUCGGGGACGCUUAGAGGAGCUGCCCCCCAUUUGUGUGCAUUGGUGUUGGUGGGUGAGGGGCUGCUUGAUCCCUGCGACCCACCGGCUGCCUGGGAACAGGUGGGGGUGGCCCUGCUGCCCCUCUUUCUCAUACCUGCUUCCAGCGCCACCUGGUACAGUUGUUCCCUCCCAGCUCUCCCCCCUGCCCACCUCUCUGCCAGGCGUGGCACUGCCCUCCCCUGCUGGUGCUGCUUCUCCCCUGCCUGGUCCUCCCCCCUCCCCAGUCUCUCAACCAGCCCCUCCAGCUAGACUGUUCUGCAGGGGCAAAUCAGGCCCCCUGAAGUGGGGAGGGAAGGUAACACUAAUUGAUUUUUAUCUUGUCUUUAUUACUUGGUGAAUAUCUCAUUCCUAUCCGCCCCCCCCCCAACAACCACUCUGAGGGGGGCUGAGCUGAGAGGAAAGGACUGGCCUGAAGUCCCCCAGCUGGACACACACACACACACCCCUGGCUGGACAGCCUAGGAAGGUCUGCACAAGUUUUAGCAACUCCCCCAAAGAGGAGGGGAGGGUGUGAGGCUCCUUCCUUCGUAAGCUCACCCUGCAAGGCUUUGGGGCAAGCCCCCCUCCCCCCCAUUCCUGAAGGGGCUCCAGGACCCCCCUUGCCCAAGGAGACAGAGGCCGGGUGGGUGGGUGGGAGGGAGGCUUUAUUGGGCUGGUCAGCAAGUCCCGGGGGCUCCUUGGCGGAGCUCAGAGCACGUCCUCGGAGGGGCAG